AUGAAGUUUUCCCUCGCCGAACUCCCUCUUCCACGAGCCCCAUUUCCUCUCUCGAUUCCUCAUCCUUUUCCCUUCUUCAUCGUGCCGCCGCCGACCCUCCUCCCUCCCUCUCGCGCUCGCACGCGUAGGCGGCGCUGUGCGCCGUGCCAUCGCCGCUCCCUCGUCGACCAACAACAGCCUUCACCGCCGCUGGCCUCUCUUCUCUCUCGAGCCACAGCCGAGCCUUCUUCCCUCUCGCUGCGAUGCCACUUCUCCCCCCAAAGCCUCACCUCGCGACGCCGCCUCCCCUCCUUCACCGGUUCUCUUCCUCCUCAAGCCAUGGUCACCGGCUCUCUUCCUCGUGCGAGCACUGCGACAACCGCCGGUCUCCCCUCUUUGAGCUGUGCCCUCACGGUUCCGGCCUUCGAUUCGAGACGACCGCGACGCAGGAAUGGUUUUGCUUGAUCUACACCUAAGGCGGGUACUUCUUAUCUUGAUUCUUUAGUUACUUGAACUUAGUACAUGAGCUAUUUUUAAUAAGGACUGCUUUACCUUGACUCCACUCGUAACUUUUCCUAUGCUUGAUACUUCCACUCAAAACCUUUGAGAUAUUCGUUUCUAUAUCUAUACAGUUUCAUAUUGUUGUCUAUAUGAUAUUUAGCAGAUACCAGACACCAGAUACUAGAUAUUAGAUAAUGGAUAUAUAGGUAAUAGAUACCAUGCUUAUUUGCUUUGAAUGUUGUAUGUUUAUAUACCUUAUUGAGCAUGCUGGCUUCAUUUAGCAUAUCCAUUUUCUGUUCAUAUAUAUAUGAUGACUGUUGCAUUGUACGCGUCAUGUCAUUGCAUACAUGCAGGUGACCACUUCUUCCUGGUGGGGGAGUGAAUCGUCAGGCCGCGCCGCACACUCGGCCACUCAUGGGUAGUGGUAGCUGGAGGAGAUGCCGCUUGUCCUGUCAUGCCACACUCGGCCACUCGUGGGUAGUGGUAGCUGGAGUUGCGAGCAACAGGGACCCCCUUCGCUGUGUAGCUAGUUAGCUACUCAGCACCUGUCCAUCCGGUCACUCGAGAGAGUGACGGCCUUGGGUGGUACAGCUGUCAUCGAUCUGGCCUCUCGACCAUACAGGGGUCGUGGUGCAGAGAGGUGGGCGGGGUGACCAUCCGUGCAUACGUUGUUAUCGUUAUAUCUGCUGAUGUUGUUGUUGCUACUUUUGCUGCUGUUACUAGCUUAUGCUGUUGUUGUUUGCUUCUGCUGCUGGUAUUAGUUUUGUGGCUAUUGCUCACUUAUGUUGCUAUGCUUGCUUAUGUUGAGAUAUGCCCUCGUUGUAGGUGUUUAGUCCUUGGUUUACUUAUUGGAAGUUUGUAUAUACCUUACAUAUUUCCUCUGUAGUUAUGAGCAGUACUGUAGCAGAUUAGUACCAUUUCUGACCUUCUAUACCUAGCCUAGGAUAUGGUUUCAGGUAUGAGCAUUUAUUAUGGUUCUAUUUUAGUAUCUGCUAUUUCUGUUAUGAGACUAUAUACCCUUGGCUUACUUUCUACUUGUAUAUUAUGUUAAUGCACUAUCUUUCCUUACCCGCUGAGUUCCAAUACUCACCACCUCGUAAAUUGGUUUUCUUUUGCCAGGUAACAGGUAGAUGAGUCAUGGAUGCUUGGAGAGUCCCGGCUGCCAGUCCCACGUCACACUCGAGGAUAGUUUUCUUUUGGUUUUGUUAUCGUUCGGGUGGUAUGUUGAUUUUGUGUAUUUUGCUUUUCAAUAAGUCGAUGUGAGUUUGGAGUCAAGUUUGGUGAUUACAGGUAUUUUUGUUAGUGUCGUUGUUGGUCUUACGUUCGUAUUAUUGUGUUUUCCGCUGCGUUUACUUUCAGCCGUGUGGGCUGUUAUUAUAUAUUGCGUGGUUGUGUUUUUCAUUUCUGUCCAGCCGAGUGGACUGUAUCUUUUAAACUGCGUGGUUG